GUUUCUGGAGCGGAUUGGAACCCGGAGUCAGGAUUCGAUAAAUGAGGCGUCUUUUGCAGAAAAGGUGUGCAGAAUGGCAGCUCAGACUCCAGAAGAGUUCAUCUGGUGUGAGGACUGUGGGCAGUACCAUGACUCCGAGUGCCCUGAAUUUGGACCCCUGGUGACCGUCCAGGACUCUUUUGUCCUCAGUCGUGCCCGCUCCUCCAUUCCAAAUAGCCUGGAGAUCAGGGCUGUGGCAGGAGGCGGCGAGGGAGUUUUUGUCCAGCGACGGGUGGUCAAAAGGACUCGUUUUGGGCCAUUCGAGGCUAAGCGGCUCCCCGUUUUGGCUAAAGAAGGAGUGUUUCCCUUAAAGAUCUUCCAGAAGGAUGGCAUAGUGGUGUGUUUUGACUGCAGUAGUGAAGAUGACUGUAACUGGAUGAUGCUGGUACGACCUGCCACAGACCACCAACACCAGAAUCUGACAGCUUACCAGCAGGAUGAUGAGGUUUUCUUCAAUACGUCCCAGGAUGUGCUGCCAGGAGCAGAGCUGAGGGUCUGGUAUGGAGCUUUCUAUGCCAAAAAGAUGGAGAAGCCCAUGCUCAAGCUUCCGAUUGAGCCGCUGCCACCUCUAGAGACUUCUGAGAAAACCAGCUCCUCUCCACCCCCUUUGGCGAAUGACAAAAAUGCAGGUGCAGUAAUUAAAGAGAUGGCCUCUACAGAGCUUCCAGAAGACUCCCUACUACCACAGCAGGAGUGCACAGUCAAGCCCGGUGAGGUGCUUCCUUCCCCGACUGCUCGGCCUACUGUGAAGAGGGGACUCGCUCGUGGAAGGAGAGCGAAGGGCCGUAGGCCUCGACCUGUCACCACUGCAAGCAGGAGCCGAGAUGUGAAGCCACCUGUGGCGAGCACAGAGCCACUCACCACAGACGUAGCAGUUGCUACAGAGAGAUGCCGUCAUCUCGGGGCUUCGGACGUCGGAGGUUUGCACAAGAGACACAAAGGCCGAGAGCACAAAAGGGUGUACCGCUGCUCCCUGUGUAACAAGGUCUUUCAGAACAGCAGUAACCUGAACCGACAUAUCCGAUCACACGGUGAUAAACUGUUUAAGUGUGAUGAUUGUGACAAGUUGUUUAGUCGAAAGGAGAGUCUGAAGCAGCACAUCUCCUACAAGCACAGCAAGAAUGUGCCGGACCUGGAAUACAAAUAUAAAUGCAACACUUGCGACAAAUCUUUCCGUCUGGAAAAUGCCUUAAAAUUUCACAACUGCAGGACAGACGACAAGACAUUCCAGUGUGAUAUUUGCUCCCGCUUCUUCUCCACUAACAGCAACCUGUCCAAGCACAAGAAGAAGCAUGGAGAAAAGCUCUACUCCUGUGAAAUCUGCAAUAAGAUGUUUUACCGCAAGGAUGUUAUGCAGGAGCACCACAGGAGGCACGGUGUCGGGCCAAAGCACAUGAAGAGAGAGGAGUUGGAGACCAAUGGGGAAGAAGCCACCAAGUACAGGAAGGAACCAUCACCAUGUCCCAUUUGUGGCAAGGUGUUCUCCUGCCGAAGUAACAUGAACAAACAUCUGCUAACUCACGGCGAUAAGAAAUACACCUGCGAGAUUUGCGGGCGCAAGUUCUUCCGAGUGGACGUGCUUCGUGAUCACAUUCAUGUUCACUUCAAGGUCAGAACUUUAUCCCUACUACUCACUAGAUAUAGCUUAAUGGAUGAGCAGAAGAGGGAGGACUUCAUAAGGAAGAUCGGCAUUUCAUCAGGCGACAGUGACGAAAAGGACGACGAAGAAGAUGAUGACCCCGAGCACCACAAGUACAACUGCAAGAAAUGUCAGAUGUCGUUCGCCAAGGGCCGAGACUAUCUGAAGCACAUCACAGAGCAGCACAAAGAGCGAGGCUACGGCUGCGCGAUCUGCAACCGUCGCUUUGCACUCAAGGCCACGUACAACGCCCACCUGGUCAUCCACAGAGAGCAGCUGCCUGACCCUGCUGUACAGAAGUAUAUCCAUCCCUGUGAAAUAUGUGGCAGAAUCUUCAAUAGUAUUGGUAACCUGGAGAGGCACAAGAUCAUCCACACUGGGGUGAAGAGCCACGGCUGUGACAAGUGUGGCAAAUCCUUUGCGAGGAAGGACAUGCUGAAGGAGCACCUGAGGGUCCACGACGACAUCCGAGACUUCCUGUGUGCAGAGUGUGGGAAAGGUAUGAAGACCAAGCAUGCUCUCAGGCACCACAUGAAGUUACACAAGGGCAUCAAAGAGUAUGAAUGUAAGGAGUGUAACCGCAAGUUUGCCCAGAAAGUCAACAUGCUCAAACACUAUAAAAGACAUACAGGUAUAAAAGACUUCAUGUGUGAGCUCUGCGGCAAGACAUUCAGUGAAAGAACAACUCUCGAGACGCACAAGCUCAUUCAUACAGUGGGAAAGACCUGGACUUGCGCGACCUGCGAUAAGAAGUAUCUGACAGAGUACAUGCUGCAAAAGCACGUGCACCUGACCCACGAGAAGGUGGAGGCUCAGUCGUGUCACCUCUGCGGCACCAAGGUUUCCACGCGGGCCUCAAUGAACCGACACCUGCGACGCAAACACCCGGAGAUUGUGCCUGUGAGAAUCGAUGACUUUGAUGAGCUUCAGGAAUCCCAGACAAUCAAUGACUCGUCUAUCAGCGUCGCGCAGGCAACCCUGACACUUGAAAAAGACAGCGCAUCUCAGGAGAGACCCAGCCGACCAACUCGCCAGGCCAAGAAGAAGUUGAGAGUCACACCCGAGCCAGAACUUUCUGAAUCAGAUGAUUACGUUGAUUUCCCAGAACCCAGACACGAAUCUCUGCCAGAAUUCAACACUGUAGUUGUCGGCGAGGAGACAGAAACAAGCUCUGCAGUCCAGAGUAUCCAGCAGGUGGUGGUUCUCACUGACCCCAACGCCCCAUCCACCUCCUCCACCAACAACGCGGUGGGGCUGAGCAACAUCACUGUCACGCCCAUCACCGGCCCAACCCCCGCCCAGUUCACCAGCCUGCAGCCCGUAGCCGUCGGGCACCUGACUAGCAGCGACCGGGCCCUCUCACUGGACAACUCAAUCCUCACCGUGACCUUCGACGCAGUCAGCGGCUCGGCCACGCUCCACAACAGGCCCGCCGACCUCGUCCCGGAAACCGUCGGUCCCGCGGGAGGACCGUCGGCCCAGUCGGUCGCGCACUUCAUCAACCUCGCUACUCUUGUCAACCCCAUGAGCCACCAGCUCGAAGCCCAAACUCUGGCCUGGAGGCCAGUGCAGACGGCCGAGGGCGGCCAGGUCACGCCUGUGGGUGAAGGCGCCCAGGGGGAGGUUCACGAGGUUCAGAGUCAAGGGCCUGAGGGAGGGCGGCCGAGCCAGAGUCAGCCACCCACGCCACAGCAGCAAAGCGGCAGCGCGCAACAAAUGUUCAGCUACUAAUGAAGUGCUGGUCACCUCAUGCUCGAGCAUGUACGGACACUAAUCAGUGCGGAUUUGAUUAAAUCUGUAUAGAUUUCAUCAUUGUCAACCAGAUGCCUCUCAGUGCCAUGCAAGUGAUUUCCCCCCCCCCCCCCCUUUUCUUUUCUUCUAAAAAAAAAUCUAACUGUUACAAUAGUAAAUUAAAUUGUUUUUAAAAAUCUAGAACACGUUUUUUUAAAUUAUUCUUUUAAA